UAAGCAUCGAUCCCUCCACAAGCUCUCUUCUUUUCCAAAAAGCAAUAUUCAGAAAAAUUAAGAUAAGCAGGCAGCAGCCAUGGGAGAAGUCGAUGAAACUUUCAUCCAAGACCCCGAGCACAGGCCAUGCCUCUCCAUCAUCGAAGCCGAAGACAUUCCAUUGAUCGACCUCUCACCCAUAAUAACCUCCUCUUCCUCCUCCAACCCAAAAGCCAUUAAAGAAGUGGUGAAACAGAUAGGCAGUGCAUGCAAGGAGUGGGGAUUCCUUCAAGUGAUCAACCAUGGAGUUCCUGUAGAAACACGUCACAAGCUCGACACCGCAGUGAGGGAGUUCUUCAAGCUUCCAUUGGAGGAGAAGAGGAAAGUGAGGAGAGACGAGUCGAAGGUAAUGGGUUACUAUGACGCUGAGCUCACUAAGAAUGUUAGAGAUUGGAAAGAGGUUUUGGAUUUUGUGGUGAAGGAACCCACAGUUGUGCCUGCUUCUCCUUAUCCGGACGACAAAGAAGUCACGCAGUGGUACAAUCAAUGGCCUGAAUAUCCUCCUCAAUUCCGGGAAGCAUGUGAAGAAUAUAAUGAACAAGUGGUCAAAUUGGGUUUGAAGUUGAUGGAGCUCAUUGCUAUGAGCUUGGACCUUCCAGCAAACAGGUUCCAUGGAUACUUUGAAGAUGAAACCAGCAAUCUUAGAAUCAAUUACUAUCCACCAUGUCCAUCUCCUCACCUAGCUCUUGGACUUGGUCGCCACAAGGAUGGUGGUGCUUUAACAGUGCUAGCUCAAGACGAUGUUGGGGGAUUGGAAAUCAAACGUAAAACUGAUGGAGAGUGGAUUCGUGUUAAACCUAUCCCACAUGCUUUUGUCAUCAAUAUUUCCAAUAUACUUCAGACUUUUAAGGUUUGGAGCAACGACAGAUAUGAUAGCGUGGAGCACAGGGCGCUGGUGAACUCAGAGAAGGAAAGGCUUUCCAUUGGACUCUCUCUGAACCCUGCACACUACACUCUGGUCAAGCCCUUGGAGGAGUUAACCGACGAGCAAAAUCCUCCUAAAUUUAGGCCAUACAGCUGGGGCAAGUUUAUGACUCAUAGGAAGCUCACUAAUUUUAAGAAACUCAAUAUUGAUAACAUCCAAAUUGACCAGUUGAGGAUUCUAGAGUAAAUGUAAAUGAAAUAGUCCUACCAUGAAGGUAUCGUUCAAUUAACGACAUUAAACGCAGUUAGACAUUUUAAUUAUGCAUAGCUAAUAACCCAGUGACAAAUACACCAUAUCUGUGUUUUAACAAAAUAUGAAUAUUUGAAUGGUAGAAUAUAUAUAUAUAUAUAUAUAUAUAUAUGAGCAAGUAUGUUACCCUGAAGUAGAACCAGAAAAGCAAUAAUAAAGUUUCCCAAAUUCAUGUACUGGAAAGUUUCCAUAUAUAGAUUCAUGUUAUAUGUUGUAUUUCAAUACGGAAUAAAAGGU